UUUUCUCCUCACCUCGUUUCACCCUCAGAGCUCGAAACACGCAGAUUCUCAAGAAGUUGAUAAAAAACAUAAAAGGUUGAAGUUGGACGAAGCUGAAGACUUCACAGGUCACAAUGAAGACUCUGGUGUUUGUGUCUCUCGUGGGAUUAUUCCUCCACGACACGACGGCAGAGAUGCACUCUAUGAAGUAUUUCCUCACGGCGUCUUCUGAAGUCCCAAACUUCCCAGAGUUUGUGUCUGUUGGGAUGGUUGAUGAUUUUCAAAUAGAUUACUACGACAGUAUCACCAAGAUGGACGUACCCAAACAGGACUGGAUGAACAGAGUCACAGAAGACAGAGCUGACUACUGGGAGAGGGAGACUGAGAGAGCUGUGGGUAAACAGAAGGCCUUCAAAGUCAACCUUGACACUGCAAAGCGACGCUUCAACCAAACUGGAGGUGUUCACAUUGCCCAGAGGAUGGUAGGCUGUGAGUGGGAUGAUGAGACUGGAGAUGUUAAUGGUUAUUUUCAAGAUGGUUAUGAUGGAGAAGACUUCAUAGUUCUGGACAUGAAGACAAUGACGUGGGUCGCUCCACAACAACAGGCUGUCGUCACCAAACAGAAGUGGGAUAAUAACAAAGCUGGUUUAGAGUAUCUUAAGAACUACCUCACCAAGGAUUGUGUUGACUGGCUGAAGAAGUUUGUGAACUAUGGGAGGAGCUCUCUGAUGAGAACAGACCUCCCCACAGUGUCUCUCCUCCAGAAGACUCCCUCCUCUCGGGUCACCUGCCACGCUACAGGUUUCUACCCCAACAGAGCCAUGAUGUUCUGGAGGAAAGAUGGAGAGGAGCUUCACGAGGACGUGGACAAGGGAGAGAUCCUCCCCAACCACGACGGCUCCUUCCAGAUCAGCGCUGACCUUCAACUGCCCUCUGAUGACUGGGGGAAGUACGACUGUGUGUUUCAGCUCUCUGGUGUGAAGGAGGACAUCGUCACCAAACUGGACAAACGAGAGAUCAAGACCAACUCCGUGAAUCCCAUCUACAUGAUCAUUGUCAUCAUCGCUGUUGUUCUCCUUCUUGUAACCAUCGUCUGUGCGGCUGGAUUCUGCCUGUAUAAGAAGAGAAAUGAGAGAGCAAAGCGGAAACAUUCAAACAUGUUUUUUAUAUUUACAUCUGCCAAACGCCCUCCAUCCCGUGACCAUGAUGCAGCCAGACUGAAGCAGCACAUUGUGAAGGUGGACGCCAUCAUCUUGUCUUCGCAGUGCUGAUUCUGAAGAGAACGCCUUCAUAUAGGACUCAAAGGAAAUCAAUGCUUAAAGGAAACAACAGUCCAGACUCUGACUCCAGCUCCGAAGAUGCCCUCAGAUUCAGAUCCAUCAGCAACCCCUGACAACAUGGAGGACUCGUCCCCUGAGCGUUUCCUGUCCUCUCUCAAUGUUCUUCUCUUCAGUUAUUAACUCUUGAAAUCAGCAGCACAACAUGCCAGACUGUUUGACAAGUCUGUGAUUGAAUAAAUGGAAAUGGAAUCU